AUGGACCCCGACAUUGGUCCGCCGGCUGACCGCCAGCCCCGGGCGGAUCAUCUUUGCGUGCUCGUGCAUGGUCUUUGGGGAAAUCCAUCGCAUCUGGACUAUGUGGCAUCUGCACUCCGGGAGAGGUAUGGCGAGGAUCGCCUGUACAUCCUCGCAGCCCAGCGGAACGCGGGAAGUUUCACGUAUGAUGGGAUCGAACUCGGUGGUGAGCGGCUGGCGUACGAGAUCGAGGAGACGCUCGAAAAACUCGCAGCUCGCGGUUAUCAAAUCAAGAAGUUGAGUAUGGUCGGCUAUUCCUUGGGAGGAUUGGUUGCCAGAUACGCGUUGGGCCUCCUCCAUGCCAGGGGAUGGUUGGACAAACUUGAGCCGGUCACGUUUACCACGUUUGCGUCCCCCCACGUCGGAGUGAGAUCGCCGAUCAAGGGAUUUCCAAACCACAUCUGGAACGUUCUUGGUGCCCGUACACUGUCAAUGUCCGGGCGGCAGCUAUUUAUGAUCGAUAAGUUCAGAGACACGGGAAAGCCAUUGCUGAGCGUGUUGGCAGAUCCCGACAGCAUCUUCAUCCGAGCCUUGGCCAAGUUCAAGAACCGGUGCCUCUAUGCGAACAUUGUCAAUGAUCGCUCAACGGUGUUCUACACCACGGGAAUAUCCAAGGUUGAUCCUUUCACGGACCCCGAAAAUACCAAUUUCAACUACGUCAAAGGAUACGAACCUGUCGUCAUUGAUCGCGAUAGGUAUAUCAUUCCCCCAGAAGAGGCGAAAGAAAAACCUUCCACCUUUACGAAUGCUGGCCACAAAUUCUUCAAGUUCGUGGCCAAUCUUCCUUUGACUAUCUUCCUCUUCAUCUUCGUCCCAAUCGGCACCACGCUUUUCCUUCUCAACUCGGUAGUGCAGAACUUCCUCAGCCGACAGAGGAUCAGGCUGCACGAAGAAGGCAAGACGGGUGUACUCUUUAGCAAUUACAGGGUACCCCUCAUCGUGCAGGACGUCCGCGGUGCGGUGGAGGAUGCCUUUGAGAACGUCAAUGGGUCGCAGGAUCCAGGAUAUCUCUCCGAUGCCAGUGGUGAAUCUGCCGAUAAGACGAGGAGGCGAAAGUCCUCUUCUUCCGAAGAAAAGUCAGCUGAGGAUGAAAGCACGCCCCUUCUUCAGCAGACGGAGACUCAGGAAGCCCACGACGUAGAGAAUGACCAUUCCAAAUCAGCCCAAGCCGACACUUCGACGUCAGAAUUGCCCCUUCUUGCCCUGACGCCCGCCCAGUUUGCCAUCAUAGACUCCCUCAACUCGGUCGGGUUCCACAAAUACCCGGUGUACAUCCACAAGCAUCGACACAGCCAUGCCGCCAUCAUCGUGCGGAUGCCCAAGAAGGGGUUCGAAGAGGGUAUGCAAGCAGAACACGCCAGGUAUUGCCUGGCCAUACCCCCUGCUCGCCCACAGCAGUCCCUAUAG